ACUGGAAAAACAAUAGACAAUUUAACGGUAUAUUAUGGCUUAGCAAUCAGAAGAAAUUGUGAUUCGGUGAAAAAAAUGAAUGAUGCGAUUUGGGCGACCUUUCUUCAUUACAAGUCCACGAACGACGAUCCACAGCAUCAUAAAUGUCCUGCCGGCGCUGAGUCUUGGUGCGAAUAUCAAAAAGCUUUGGCCACCACUGGAAUAGAAGAUUUUCACCACAGCUAUGAACCUUUUCCGGAUGAGGUGAUAACAGCAAUCGAGCCAAUUUAUGAAGAUUUGAGCAAAGACGAGCUUCUACAACGUUGUCUUGGUGGAUUUACCCAGAACAACAAUGAAAGCCUUAAUCAACUUAUUUGGAGAAUUAGUCCAAAAGUUUUAGCCAGCAGCCCUACGAUAAUAGAAAUUGCAGCAAAUGCAGCUGCUUGCACCUUCAAUGAAGGUUAUAUUGCAUUGCUAGCAUUUCUUGAAGAGAUGAAAAUCAACGUCGGCCCAAGUGCUCAUGAAUAUGUAAAAAUAUUCGACGAAUCUCGAAUUUUGAAAGCUGAAGAAAAGGCUGCGCUUCAGACAAAAGAAGCUAGAAUUCUGAGAAGAAUGGAGCAAAAAGAUGCUUUAGAUCUCGCAGAUGCAGCAGGAACAUUGCUUUAUGGUGCUGGCAUCGACGACUCUAUAUGAUUCUACGAUUUUUAAUCCGGGGCACCGUAAAAAGAUGAACUCUUGACAUGGCCUGACUGAAGCAGCAGCAACUCCGUUAUUUCUGG